GUUGAGGCAGAGGAGAGGGACGCUCGCCUGCACUGACAAGUGGACGGAUGCGCGGUGAUGCCCUUGCAAAUGAAAGCGUCAGCAGCGGCCUCUGAACAGCAAAGGGCGAGAUUUCGCCUCGGUGGAGAGACAAGGGGAAAGACGAGGGAGCUGCGCUUGUGAGCAUAAAAUCGGGGAGUCUGGCAGCGUGCUUGAUGGCGGCGGCCUGCGGAGGAAGCCGGGGGUUGGAUUUGACAUGUCGCAGAGAUGUACUGUGUUAUCUGUAGCCAGAAGGUGAUGGCAGUGCCGGCAGAGCUUCACCUCUACCUCUACCCCUUCCACCUGAUCGAUGUCUGCUUCCUGCACAAAGACAUCAUUUAAAAUCUGGACUGCCUUCGUUCCUUCCUCUCCUUCUGUCUCUCCUCACUCAUUUCAUAUCACUCCCUCCGCCCUCUCCAUCCAGCUGCUUUUUGCCUUUCCCUCGGUCUCUCCUCUCGCCAUAACAUCUACCUCCUCAACCUGGAACUUCUCUGCAAAGUCUUCUUCUUUGUGAUGGCUUGCUUUGGACGCUCUCUGGACUCACCGUGCACACUAGCCUUGUUGGUAGGCUUUCAGUUUGCCUUUGUGCUCUAUUUCUCCCUUGGCGGCUUUAGAGGUCUGGUGUCUGUUCUGGUGCACACCACAGAACCAGAAUUUGAUUACUCUCGACCUCAUGACGUUUACACCAACCUCAGUCUCCUUGGGGUACCACCGCCCCCUCCUCGGAACUCUGGCACUGGGCUUCCUGCUUCAGGGCAACCGCUGAAAGACUGCCCGAUUCCUUCCCCUCUGUUGGUUGGACCAGUGUCUGUCCAUCUUUCCUCCCCUAUGUCUCUGGAGGACAUCCGACAGAGGAACCCUUUAGUGUUACCUGGUGGACGGUACCGGCCUCCGGACUGCGAACCCCACCACCACACAGCAAUAGUGGUGCCGUUCCGAAAUCGCAUAAGCCACCUACGCUCUCUUCUGUACCACCUGCACCCUUUCCUGCAAAGACAGCAGAUACACUACAGCAUCUACAUUGUACAACAGUGGGGGAAUGGCACCUUUAACCGAGCCAAGCUGCUGAAUGUAGGCGUGCGGGAGGCUCUCAAAGAUGAGGACUGGAGCUGCAUUUUCCUUCACGAUGUCGACCUGCUGCCAGAGAACGACCACAACACUUACACCUGCCACAAGCAGUUUCCCACACACCUGUCGGUGGCCAUGGACAAGUUUAGAUACAGGCUGCCGUACCCACAGUAUUUCGGUGGUGUAUCUGCGGUGACCCCAGAUCAGUAUAUGAAGAUGAAUGGCUUCCCAAACCAAUACUGGGGUUGGGGGGGAGAGGAUGAUGACAUCGCUGCCAGAGUGCGGUUGUCUGGUAUGAAGAUUGUGCGCCCUCCAGUGGCCAUUGGCCAUUACAAGAUGAUCAAGCAUAAAGGAGACAAAGGCAAUGAGCAAAAUCCACGCAGAUUCGACCUCCUGAAAAAGACCAGACUCAACUGGCACUCUGACGGCCUCAACUCUUUGACUUAUGAGCUGCUUUCCAAGGAGUUGGAGCCGCUCUACACCAACCUGACCGUCAACAUUGGAGAGGACCCACGGUUGACCCAGGGUAAACCUCACGGUGCUGUGAAAGCAACGCCUGUCCAUUCACAUAGCUCCAGCAAGGACAAAGGAUCGGAUAAACAAGUGAAAAGUCUAGAAGAAGCAGUGGCAAAAAAUAGCACUUUGGCCAAGCCGUCUGGCCAAAAGACAGGACUCAUCCUGUCAAAGACAGCAAAUCAAACUACACAGGAAAAGAGAGGAGUGAUGAAAUAAGAGGUAAUAUUAAGUAAUAAUCUUGCACUUGUAGCAUAAAGUGGUCAUCAUUUUUGAUCUUCAACAAAAUGAUGGAAGCCAGCAUUGAUUUGCUGUAUUGAGGGUAGUUAAGCACUGGAUCACAAACACACAGCCUGUUUCAUUUACAGAUGUGGAUGCAGGGCUACUGAAGCCGUUUCGUUGGGUUAUGGUCUGCUGAAUGUGGUGCUGACUGUAUUGACUGUCAAAUAAACCUCUGAGACCAGAAGUAGAAAGAUUAAAAAAAAAAACAAAAGAAGAAAAUCUCAAUUGCAUCUUUGUAAAGAUCCAAAACGCUAGCUGAAAACGAGACGCCGACAUCUGUAGAUCUCUACAGACUGGAACUGCAAGUUGCAGGCAACACACCUGCAGAGCGGCAUCUUCAAUCAAUCUGCACCUCUGAUUCCCUCCUACUAGAAAAAAAACUACAAAAAAAAAAAACUGCUGUCUGUCCACCUCGCUUCACGGAGGGGUUUGUGUUUCUGUGCCUUCUCUCUUUUAUGCGCAUUUUAUAGACUGAUAGGAAUGCUUUUAGGGGCUAAGCUAGCAUAGGUUUGGCUUCUCCUGCCAGUUGGGAGGAUAAAGCUGAUUCUGGACCAGAACAAGGCCCUUGUUCAAGGACUGCUGUUUUUAUAUAUUUGCUUGCAUUGAUGAAUCACUGACCAACUCCAUAGUUCUUGAAAUAUCCUAGAGUUUAUAUUUAUAUAUCCAUAUAUAGAGAGACAUCUUUAUUUGUGUACUCCUUUAGUUUAAUGUCCUUCUUUGCAGUCUGGUGCCUCUCUCUCUAUGAAGUUUAGUUUAGAGACAAUCAAAUUUUAUGGGAGUGUAAGCUGUAUUCAAACCCAUAACGAAAAUGACGUGGCAUGAUAAUUGUUGUGUCUAGUUUGACUAUAUUCUUGAUACGCAGAUAGAUUUGUGCUUCUGAUAUUACUUUUUUUUGUUUAUUUAAAUUGUUUCUUUUUAGAUUAGUCAAGUGUGAGAUUAAGGAGAAAACUCACAGACGGUGACAUAAGGCACACAAGAAAAAUGUCAAGCUAGUGUUCUAGUAUCUAUAGUGGUUAUGGUGACAACAAAGCACUGUGCGUAGAUAUAGCUACGAACAAAUGUUUGCCUUUUUCUGUCUGUCUUUAUUUGCUAUGGUGAAGCUUUAGUGACUUAAGCAAGAGGAAAAUGUUUCUAAUCCAAAAUCAUUUUUCUUUAUGUCAAGCUCGAGGUUUGUUUGAUCAGGAGAUGCAUGCAGGUUAUCAUCCACUUGUAAAAGCUAGCAGCAGCUAUAUUUUGUUGUAAAAUAUCAGCCAUUCUGAAUGUACUUUUUAGUGUUCAUUUUGGUUUAUGUUUUGUAAGGAGAGUUUAGUUCCAGUGCCUUGCUGAAGUAUCGAUACACCUGAAACCUUUUUUCACAUUUUGACACAUUGUGACCAUCAACUUCAGGGUAUUGGGAUUUUAUGUCAGAGAGACACAAUCACAGUGCAUAGGUGUAAAGAGGAAGAAAAUAGUUAUUUUAUUAUUUUGCAAAAUGAAAGGAACAUCUGUAGUCAAAACUUCAUAGAUGAACCUGUUGUUGCUAUAUCAGCUCCCAGUCUUUUGCAGAAAUUCAGAUUGGAUGGACAUUGUCGGUGAACAUUGAUUUUGAGUUCUUGAAAAUAAGAAUCUUAAUUGAAUUUAACUCUGAACUUUGACUGGUCCAUCCUAGCACAUUUCAGAUUCUUUGACUACCUUGUUUGCUACUACUAACGUUAGCAAGUUCAGUACUUGCUAACGUACUCCAGCUUCCUUCGAUGCACAUCGUAAGUGUAUGUUUAGUAUGUAAGAUGCCAAAGCUCACACAAAAUGGUGUGGAAACUUUUAUAAGGAGAGAAAAGAAAAAAAAAUCAAGUUGAUGUUUAUUUAUCUAUGUCCUCAUUGCAAUACUGAACGGCCAUAUGACAAUUACAUCUUUUUAUAAUAUUGUUCACCUUGAUUAUGUAGACAAUGUUUUAUAACGUUUAUAUGCCAUAUUCCCCAACAAACAUCUGAUACCUUCACAAACUAGCUACAUUUAUGCAAAAGCUGGAUUAAACUCAGAUUGACAUUUUCACUUAAUGGGUGUCAGCGUAAGGAUGGCUGGACAAAUGGUGGCACACUUCUCACAUGUAUAUUGCCAUAAAAAACACAAAAAAACCUCCCCAUUUCUCAACUAUGCACUGCUUUGUGUUGGUUUGUAAGAUGAAAUGAAUUGAGGUGUCUGACUGAAAUGUGACAAAAUAUGAAACGGUUCAACUUGUAUGGGUGCUUUUGCAUGGCUCUUUACCUUAAUGGACUUAAAUCUUAUCACUUGUUGGCAAUAUGAUUUCUUGCUGCUAUCUCAAUCUGUAAAAGUGAAUCUAGCGUCAAAUGAAGUACUGUAUCUGCUGGUGUGGGAUUUUGUUAUCGUACUAACAGGUGACGAAUGAGUUAGUCUGAACUGAAUGUAUUCCAUUUCUUAAACUAUUUAUUGUCACUGAUGGCACUAAACAUGUUGACUUCGAAGGUGAACCUAGAAAGUGUUUUCCACAGCAGAUUAGAUAGAUGUCCCUUUUUACAGCUGUCACCUUUCUCUGCAUUUAUUUUGUUAACUGUGUGCCUCAUAAAAUCAUUGAAAAAGCCCCAUAAUGACUGAGGGACGGGACGUGCACUGCACAGUGAGACGUGAGCACCCUCAUGUGGCGCAGACUGGCGAGAAAUACCAGAUGCUGAAUGAAACUGCAGCGUUGUGACGAGAAUGUUAAUCAUCAACGUUUGCCAUUCACAGGCUUUGAGCCAAUCAAAUCCCUGCAUUUCCCUGACAGGUUUUUUUUUUAUAUAUAUUUUUUUUAUUCACGCAGUAUCACAUGACUUUCCCGUCAGCUUAAAGGAGAAGAGCCUCAGAAUUGUACUCACCAGUGGAAUCAUAAACUACAUGGUGGAAAGAGUUUUAUGAAUGGAUACUAUUUUAAAGAAACAAUCCAUGCUAAAUAUGAAGUAUUGUAAUAAAAUAUAGAUUCAAGAGACAAAUCGGAUUAAUUAAAGACAAGAAUUUAUGCCAUACUACUGUUUAAUGAAUGAAGGAUGAUCUUUAAGUAAUUAAAUACCUUGGGAAAAAUGUUUUAUUAUACAUAAUCAUAUUAACGUGAAAGCUUUUAAAGAAAUAUAAUCCCAGCAAAUUAAUCAGCAAACUGUGUGCUUAAUGUGAGAUUGUUAUAUAUUUAUUGAAUACAUUAGUUUUUAUAAGGAAUUUUUCAAAAGCAUUGGACUCAUAUAAUACAGAAAUUUAUGCAUGAUCAUUAAGAUGAAUUGGAAUUUUUUUUUAAUUUUAUUACGCUUUUUGAUCAUUCAAUUUAUGUGUUUUUAUGAAGGAUAAAAAAGAACGGCUGACUAUAUAGUUGAGUUAUUCAUGCGUUCAUUAAAAAAGAACACUUAUUACACGAACACUGGG